AUGAAAUUAGUGAAACCGCCCUUCUAGAUUAGAGAAAAAUAAUGGGACAAUCGUUUUUAUUUGGGAAAGCUGAGUGAUCAUGAAAUUAAGAAAUAGUUUAUGAUUAAGAAGAAAUCAGUAAAAAGACCUACAUCUACGAAUAAAAUUGUUGUAGAUGAAAAAUCAUUAGCAAUACGACUUUAUGAAUUAUAAUUAUUGUGGGAAUAAUUCCGUAUUCCUUAAUUUCAUAGAGCUUACUUUCUUCAAUACAAUGAAAAAGAUCUUGAUGCUAUUUUAAGAGAAACUGCUGAUAUAAAGUUGAAGUAAUCAAUUGUACAAAAGUUAAUGAGUCUAAUAAAAGGUAGGGAGAGAUGUUUAAACUUUUUAAAAACUGAAACAUUUGAANAGUAAAAUUUAUUAUUCAUUAUUAGUAAUUUUCAUUAGACUCAAUACCUUUAGUUGUAUUUAGUUGUGCUUUAUUGA